GCUGAGACAACAUACACCGAUAAACGUCCUCGGUAUCAGACCGUCGACCAGAGCCGAAUAUCCGGCCACACCCAAGCACGUUUCACUCCCUUUUCACGACCCAAGCCACCUGCAAUUUUCAUGACGGGCGACCUGCUGCCAGCCACUCCGAAGCACCAGCAGCACCAUCUCCCCCCAAUACGACAUAUGCACGAUCUAGCGGCCCAGCGCCCACACCCCCUGAGAGACUCGCCGCCGCCGCCGAUCACGGGCGACUAUCCGGCGUCUGUCAUCCAUGGGUGGCCUGCUCACGAUCACCCACAACCUUCCCAUCGACGACCCAAGGCGCCCUCCGAAGAGGUCAAGCCCCCGCUGGCAGAGCUCGCUGCACUCUCGGCACGGUCUCCACGAUCGCCUGUUCCGCAUAUCAACAGCACAUUCAUGCAUUCUUCUUCCCCUCGCCGCCCUCCCUCUUCCCAGUCACAGAACGCCCAUCAUAAACCCCCGUCACAUUCCUUCCCCGCCUCCUCCACCUCCCAGCUGGGGCAGCCGUCGCUGUCGGCCCAGGCACCCGAGCACGGCGGGGAGAUCGGCCGCGUGCGAGCGCAGAUGGUCGAGGGCCACGGUGGGCGCUCGCGGGACGGUCAACCGCGCCGGCCGGACAGUCUCAAGCGCACCGCCCGAUCGCCGUCGCUACAUGGCGAGGACCGUCAGUACAAGAACAGUCCGUCGCAGGUGGGCACGAUGGAGAGUCCAGCAAGGGGGCGGAGGCUGCUGCUGUUCCAGGAGACGUCGGACGAGAGCUUCGAGGAGAGUCUCAUGGCGGGCGGAUACGGGCCUUACCGAAGCGACCCGUCCCGCCCCUCCGAGCUCGCUGAGCCCGCCGUUAUCGAGUCCGGUCGGGACAGGGCCCCGCUCACGCCCGCCGAGUCCCGCAAGCGCCAGCGCCUCGCUGCGUUCGCUUCCCCGCCAUCUCAUGCCCACGCAUCGACAUCGCGCAGUGCUCUGCAGGCGAUACAGCUCGAGGGCAUCGGCCGUGUGCUCGUCACGCCGACCUUGUCCGAGGCGGCGCAGCAGGCAGACCAGCCCCCGCCAAAGCGCAAGCGUCAUCGUCGCAAGAAGGGCUCGCAGGACAUCGACGAGGAUGCUGGCGUGGCGGACGGGGCGGGCGACGUGCCUAAUUGGCCCGACGCCGAGUUCCCGUGGCGCCUGCAGGGCGAGGUGAGGGAUGGCUUGACCAAUGCGGAGAGGGAGGAGCGGAUGAGGUACAUCGAGAUGUUUUUUGACCGUGCGAGCGACGAGUCCGACGAUGAAGAGCCGGAGGAAACAGAUGAGGAGUGGAGGAGGAGGAUGGGCAGAGGCGGGGAGGACGGCGACGGGCUGGAGGUGGACGGUAAGGAGCAGCAAAUGGAUACCGACGAGGGGGUACUGGAUGACGACGCGCUGCAGCCCCAUUCCCGAUCCCAAUCCCAACACCAGCAACUCGCAAGGCCGCCGCGCAUGGGGCUCGGCAAGAUGUACCCGCUCGCAGUGCACACCGCCCACCGCAACUUCACACGCCGCACGCGCAACGUCGUGCCUAGCGACCCCGCCGACGCGCGCACGGCGCUCAUGUCCAAGCGCGCGGUCAGGGCACUCACGGUGCGCCAUGCACGCAGGCGCACGGCGCUGCCCCCGCUCUCGUCCCUCGCGCCGGACUUCCACUUUCCCCCACUCUCUGCUGCGUCGCAUCACAGUUACAGCCGCCGGCCGGACGGCGCAGAUCGACGCCGCGGCGAGGACGACGAGCGGCUCUGCGUGUGCCGCGGCGUAGACGAUGGUCGCGAGCUCGUGCAGUGCGAUCGGUGUCUGACGUGGUACCAUCUCGAGUGUCUCGGGAUCGGGAGCAUCGACGAGCUCGGGCGCGAGGAAGACCCGUGGUUCUGUCCGAGCUGCGAGACCGCCUCCAUCGCCAGCGCCAACCCCACCGCUUCCCGGGCGCACGCCCGCGCCCGCGCCCAGGCGAGCCCGCGCGGUCUUCUCCCUGCGCUCGGGCCUGCGCUUGUGCCGAGCGCGCCGCCGAGCAGCCACCACCACUUCCGGAGCGUGAGCGAGGUGUACGAUCCGCUGUUCUUCAAGCCCGACCCCGCUCACAUCGAGGUCCCGUCUCCCCUCGGCGUCGGCGGUGGCAGCGUCUCAGCAUGGUCCCCCGCACACGGACCGCCGCGCACACCACCGCGCGGGACGGCGCCCGGCCACUUCUCCUCUGGCACGUCGUCGUGGGGCCCCGAGACACCGCGCACGGGCGACCGUAUCGGCGGUGGCGGCGGGGACGGGAGAGAGCGGGACACAGUGCGCGUGUGGACAGGCUCGUCAUCGCCCGCCGGUGCCCAUGGCCAUGGACUUGGACUUGGGCUUGAGCACGGACACGGACACGGGCACGGGCACGGGCGGUACGCGGUGUUCGAUCCGACGAGCACGCCGAGCCGCGGGAUCCAGUUCGGCGGGCCCGCGGCGUACGCGACGCCCAAGGACGGUCCGGGACCUGGGCCCGUGUGGCAUUCGAGGGGCGCGUUGUCGGAUUCAUGGCGCACGCCGAGUCAGGUGUUUGGCUCGGGCGGUGCGAGGAGCGGGGGCGGGAGUGGCAGCGGGGGUGGAAGCGCGUACAUGCACUCUGGUUCUGGUUCCGGCUCUGGUGGUCCUCCCCGAGGGCGGUACUCGGACAGGGGGGGAGGAGGAGAUGAUUUGAGGCUGGGCACGGGUUUCACGCCCGCGUACACGAACUUGAUGCCCGUGGACGCGUACGACGAUACGCCGAUCGGGAGGGCGUAUCAUGCGCUGCCUGGACAUGUCCUCGAUUCGCCACUGGCGGGGAAGCGGGGAAGGAGGACCGCGGCCGAGGGGAGCUUGGGGAGUUUAGGAAGUCUGGGUUCUGCUGCGCCGUGAGGCUGAGGUUGAGGUUUGGUGUGCAUGCUUGCUUUCUGCGACUUGUUUCUUGCUCGACGCCUGGUGUCUGCUGCUUGCUGUCUGCCGCUAUGCGAGAUGCUGUUGUAUGUGUGUCGGACGUUGCUGGUUUUGAUGAUGCAUUGAUGGUUUAUGUUAUGCUCUGCGUACACGAUACGUUACUUACUUACGAUACGAUACUAGCCCUUGGCACUGUAGCCCCCUCCCCAUACGAUUAGAGUAGGUACAAUAUAUAUCUUGUGUUCU